GGAGCUUUCAUCUGUGUUCUGAUGGGUGGAGGUAGAUCUCUUCUCUCUGGAGUGCAAUGAAAUGUACAAUGGCUACUCUAUGAUCACUUUUACAUGGGUAUACUAUUAUGAUGUCAAACUUAGGCUUGAUAAAAUUAAUUGGCAUUAUUUGUGGGCCACUCCCAGCCAUUACCAAUGGAGAUUUUAACAGCACCAACAGGGAAUAUUUUAAGUAUGAAACAGUGGUGACCUAUCACUGCAACCUUGGGGAGAGAAGGCAAAAGCUCUUUGACCUCAUGGGUGAACCAUCAAUAUAUUGCAGCAGUGAAGACAAUCAAGUAGGCAUCUGGAGCAGACCUCCCCGUCAGUAUAUUAUAUCUAAUAAAUGCACACCUCUAGUCAUUGAGAAUGUAAUAAACAUGUCUGAGAACAAAACACACAGGUGUCUGAAACUGUCAGUGAGCAAGUAUUUCCUUCAGCUGCUCAUGCUGCAGAAUCUGCCACUGCUGCUGGAAGGUAACAGGUUGUUGGAGCAUGCAGUCAUUGCCAUUGCUGGAAUUAAAGUUGCUGCUACUAAGAAAGGGCCAUCAAUUGCCACUUCCUGUGCCCAUCUACAAGUAUGUCAGCCACCUCCAGAAAUUCUGCAUGGUAAACACACUCCAAACCACAAGGAUGACUGUUCUCUUGGACAGGAAGUGUUCUAGCCCGGCUAUGAUCUCAGAGGGUCUGCUUCUCUGUGCUGCACAUCCCAGGGAGACUGGAGCCCGGCAGACCCCCAAUGUGCAGUGAAAUCUUGUGCUGGCUUUCUGGACUAACUUCCUAAUGGAAGUGUACUUUUUGCACUUAAUUUUCACCUUGUAGCCAAAGUAUCCUUCAUUUGUGAUGAGGGAUUCCAAUUAAAAGGCAGUUCUGCUAGUUACUGUGUCUUGGUUGGAAUAGAAAGCCUUUGAAAUAGCAGUGCUUCAGUGAAUGUGCAUAGAAGGGAUAACACUGAAGGCCAAUCUCUCCCUUUAAUCUGGACUGGUGCUAUAGCAGUGAACAAGAUGAGCAAACUCCCUGUCCUGUGUUAUUCAUACUUAAGUGGAGAGGUGGCACAAGAAAGAAAAAAAAUUAAAGUAAUUUUUAUGGAGAUGGUAGAUCAGAGCAAAAUUUUCUGUCCAAAUCAACCUGAUGUCCUUAGUUGGAGACACAGAAGAAAACCUCUGGAAGUCUUUCCUUUUGGAAAAGAAGUAACUUACAUGUGUGACCUGCAUCUAGAAAGGGAUGGACUUCAGCCCCACUGGGGAGAGCACCAUCUGCAGCACCAGUGA